ACUCGCUUUCCACAGAUCGUCGACACUGCAAAUGAAGUUAACACCGGCCUUGGUUUCUAAUCUAUUUGAGACGCCUAUGGCGGAUCUCACCACUUUGGACAUGAGCAACAAGGAAAUUAGCCAUAUAGACGACAUUUCUGGUUGUAUUUCUUUGAGGAAGUUGAACUUGGCAAAGAACACGAUCAAGAGCUCGGAUGCUUUGUCUGGACUUCAGUACCUACCUGACUUAACCUGGCUUAACCUUUCUAACAAUUCUUUGGAGAAUUUUGAAGGCCUUCAAAAGCUCAAAUCUUUACAUGUCUUGAACAUGAGCCAUAACGAACUCAAUCGUAUCAGUAUCCAUAUUACAAACCUGGUAGAUUUGAAGGCUCUUAUACUCAAUCACAAUAAGAUAAAGACGAUUGACAACUUGGCAUCUUUGACCAACUUGAAUACACUUGUACUAUCACAUAACAACAUUCAAACCAUACCAAACCUAUCAACCCUUACGUCCCUCACAAAACUUUCAGUUGCCCAUAAUUCCGUCCGUGUUGUUCCUGAUCUAUCAGCCAAUGCGGAACUGAAGGAAUUGCGAUUGAACGAUAACAAGAUUCUACAGUUGCCAGAUACUCUACGACAAUGCAGUGGUUUGGAAAUUUUAGACUUAGGAAACAAUAUGAUGCGGGAAUGGACCGACAUUGCAGCUUUAGGCUCUUUGCUUCAUUUAGUCAAUCUCAACCUGAAGGGUAAUCCUGUGACUGAAAAAGAGGAUUAUAAGGAAAAGAUUUUGGCUUUGAUACCAUCUCUCCGCGUUCUUGAUGGAGAGAGAUUUGACCCCAAGUUUUUGCAAAGAAAGCAAAAGCAUAAGGCGCAUCUUCAAUUCAUCCAGGAUUUGCAAAACAAAAAGCAGCGUAUCCAAGAUUUACGCGAAAAGAAAAGACAGAAGAGGGAGAAGGGAUCCGACGGAGAUGAUGUUGACGAAGAAGCGUCCGAGCCCAAGGUGACCAAGAACAAGAAGCGUACGAAGGAAGCUGGUGGACCCAAUAAGCGACCAAAGGUCAAAAAAUAGAAUAAUUUUAUACACUCGCAAUUGUAAUAUUCAUCUCAUUUUAAUGACAGCAUAAAAGCAUUAUAAGCAUUAUUUCUAACCAAU